UUUACAUAGAUUCACUGCACGCCAAUUCCCGUCUCGCUUCGUGAGUGAUCGGUCGCUGUGUUGAGCUUAGCGCUCACGGAACUUUGUGUAUUUGUGUUAAAAAAAUAAUGCCUUUUAUUUCGAAAGACUGGCGUUCACCCGGUGAAGCAUGGGUCAAAACCCAGGAAGGAUGGGAGAAGAAGAAAGUAUUGGAGUGUACAGCCCAAAGAUAUGCCGCUAUCUCUAACUAUAGUAGCGCAGAUGAUAAUCAGCAAAAAUGGAUCACACCCGGGGAAGAAGGAGAAAAAGGUUCAGAUGACGGUGUUGCCAGAGUUCCUCCGCAUUGUCACAUCACUAUCAAAUGCACCCGAGAGAUUGCAGGCUUCAACGGGCUCUCGGAGGCGGUGCGACGAUUAGAUUUCUCGUCGGCCGUACGUGACGUACGCAGAUUUAAUUACAUUUGCGCGCUCUUAGAAUUGCUGUUGGGGGGCCAGAAACUAACGAAUCUGCCCGGAGCCGCACAGAAACUCUUGCUUUCUAUGCUCGAACAGCUCGCAGAUCAAGUGGCGCAAUCUAAGCAGAAUCUGAAUGCGCUCCGAGCGCUUUUAGUGGCGUUGUCGGCGCUGCGUGAAUCCGAACGUCGCGCGUGCUGGGGCCGCCCGCUGGGCUCGCGUGCGCUGUGGGGACACCACGACCACGCCAUAGCCAGGAUCUACCACAUCGCUGAUAGCAUACGCAUACAGGAGCCGGGACCAGAAAUAAUGCCGAAACUUCACGAUUUGCCUGAAGAAUGUAUCAGGGAGAUAAUGUUGAGAAUAUCGGAUCACAGGGAUUUGGAUGCUGCGUCAUCAGCGUGGACUGUAAUGUCAUCGGUGUGUUCCGAACAACGCCUCUGGCGUGAACUUGUCAAGUUCCAUUUCACGCAGCAACAGAUUGAUUCGUUGCACAAAGGAGAUGACAAAGAUACAGACUGGAAAAAAGUCUUCCAUCAGCUUAGAAAACUGUAUGGGCUCAGAGAAGAAGUGCAAUACGCUGAGACUUUGUCUCUAUGCCGUCAUUGUAAGUGCCUGUUCUGGCGAUCGCUCGGCCAUCCUUGUAUAGCCGAUCAGUGUCCAGAAUACCGUGAACGCCUGAAGGAGGCGGGUGGACCGCUGCCUCCUCACCCCGUGCCUCCAGCAGCUUUCCUCAAAUUUUUCUCUCUCUAAUUUAUAAUUAAUUAUUACAAAGCCUAUUCGUAUUUAUAAGGUCAUGAGAUUUGUUGAAAUAUAAAAUUUAAAAAAAAUACAACAAUGGCUGCCAUCACAAUAUAGUUGAUCUAUGUCUAUAAAAAGUAAGUAAAAAAAAAAUAAGUUUACAAAUAAAAAAAAAAAAGUCCAAGCUGCUCUUACGAGAAUUACAUUCGUAGUUCGUAUAUAAUUUAGUUGACUGCUACAAGACACAUGCAUAAAUCGUAUUAGAAUUAAUAUUAAGUUAUUUUUCUAUUUUCACGAUAGAUAUAUAUGUACGUCCUGGAUUG